AUGUCUGAAAUUAGGUGGUCCAAGCUUCACAGUUUAAUCCACGAUGCACCAAGUGACUCAGGAGAGUACAUUACUAUAAUUGAUUCACUUAAUGACCUAAUCAAAGAAACCACAAUAGAAGAUAGAAGAAAUGAAAUCGCCAGCUCGAAAGAUAUCUUCUUCCAACUUCGAGAAUCAGCUAUACUUGGAAAAUCUGUUGAUUUGAAACAAGCUUGCAGUAGCCAGUAUAUGAGAAUUGUUAAAGGAAUUGUAAUAAUAGCGAGGAAUCUUUCAGUUGCAAAUCAGGUUAUACCUCAAAAUAUUCUACUACCUAACACAUUCCUGGCAUGGUAUUUAUCCAUUUCCAGACAAACUGUGUGUACGCCUGGUGAUUUGAAGCAAUUAUAUGGUCUAGUAUGUCAAUUUUACUUCAAUUGCACCCGAACUAAUGUUGUCUUUGAUGAGAGCUGUUUUGAUGAUCAUAUGAAUUUCAUGGUAGAAAUGCUGCGGUUUAUUGAUGAUGAUGGCAUUGUUAAUGCGUACUCUCUGUGGCUCUCAAAUAUAAUGAAAAGUGAUGCAUUCAUCUCAUCUUUACUCAAUGAUAUUAGAUCUUUGGAAGUUAUCGACAAACUACUACUGCGGGGAAUAAUUGCACAGAAAACUGAGAUUGACUUGCUCGUUGAAGAGGAAGAUGAGGAUAAAAAUCUUUCUUCCUUAGCUACUAUUCAACUAAAAAUAUUAAAACAGUUAGUAACACAUGAAUGCUUCGGGUCUUAUAUGAAAACCUUACGAAAAGAAUAUGGUUUUGCUUCUUUCAACAAAAUGUUCAAGAUUGUCACAAUGUUGGUGACCAGUUCAGAAAGAUGGGACCUUUAUCAGUUGACUGCAAUUCUAAGCUGGACUUUUGAUAUUUUCGAAGAAUAUACAUAUCUAGUGGAUGCUUUCUUUAAAUCAGAGUCCACUCCAGAAGCAACUGAUGCCGGCCCACUUUUUGCGAUAUUGUCCUCGGUUCUUGAUAUUCUAACUACACUUGCAAAAUACCAACAUGCACAGAAAUACAUGAUUUCUUAUGAUGGGGUGCAUAAAAUAAUAAAACUCUUUGAUAUCUUGGAGCGCAAUUGUUUGAAAAUUCAUUUUAACAAAUCUUCUGGGGCCAAAAAUGUAGAUUCUUCUGCUCACCCCGUAAGGGCUACCGAUCAUGUUGGAAACGUUAUAACUGAUGCUGUGAUUCUCAAGAAAAGAAUCCAUAACAAUAGGAUUAACGACUCUAACUUCCCCGGUAUCAAGUGCUUUUUGGUUGAAUUGUUGGGGUUUAUGUCGUAUGAACAGAAAGACGUACAAGACUCUGUCAGGGAACUGCAUGGUCUAGAACUUGUUCUUUCAAACUGUAUUAUUGAUGACAAUAAUCCCUUUAUCAAAGAAAGAUGUAUCAUCUGUAUCAGAUAUCUUCUUGCGAAUAACAGCACGAAUCAAGAGUUUAUCUCACAACUUGAGGCUAAGAAAGCUGUCGAUGGAGAUGUUUUGAAAAAAGCAGGAUACAAAGUGGAUAUAGAUGGUAAGGGAAACAUCAAACUUACCGCAGACAAAAGGAAUGCUGCGUCGGAAGAACAACUGUUUGAAGACGUUCAGAAGUAG